AGGUGUACCACCAUCUGAGGUGCGCCAGUUGGUGUCGCCCCUCGUAACGACCGCCGAAGUGGUGCUGUGGCAUCGGAAAGCGCGGGAAAGCUUAUCCACGUUUCCCGCGCUUAUCCACUUCGGUCCAGCGUAAUGUUUUUGGGUCCUGUUGCACGGCGACCGUUGACGGGAAGAGCAGGGCGGGAAAUCCGCGCCUCUUGUGAUUUGACCGAUCAAUCGGCGGGAAGAGGCUGCACGAGCGCCUUCGCACUUGCGUGACUGCAGUUGGCCUCGACGACACCGGUAGCGAGUGAGGCAGAGAGGGACGUGGGUACGUGGAGUACGGGGGGGUAUGUGUACGGGCUCAGCAGCGAUGGCUGCCCUCGCGCGACCGGUCGUUGUAGUCCACGGACAUGGCUUGGUUGUCGAAGCCAAGAGCAGCGGUUCAAGCGUUCAGGGCGUCCGACGCCGGACGACCGGUCGGCGAAGUGCAAGGCAUGGUGUAGCUGACGCCGACUCGAUAUCGGCGAUUUCCAGGUCGAUCUGCAAGUCGUUCCCAUGCCUCGCAAAGCACAGGCGACCGGUCGUUGGCAGGGAAGGCCCGCGGGAAACGCGAGGAGGAGAGGACCGGACAUUCCGGGUUCUCCACGUGCAUCAAGGUGCUUUUGGCGGGAAACGCGGCCAGCGUGUGCCUCCUCAGCGCGGAGGCAAUCUGAAAGAGAAACCCGUGCGAACUGUAUGCAAAGCCUCGCUGUCUGAUGGGCGAACUGCGUCGGGGUCUGAGUCGUCAGGGACGGGGCGGGUGGCUUUACCGGACGAGAGUGAAGUGCGAGCCAGCUUGGGAGAGAUAUCGGACAGCUUGCGUUCGAUCUCCACGGAUUUCAUGCGGAAGCUGCCGAGUGAUCUUCAGGUGGAUAUUAAAGACGCUGCUUUCAUCUUAUCUAGUGGCCAAGUGGCUUUAGAGUGUGGAGAGCAAUCAGGUGCUGCUCUUACGCAAUUGGCUAAUGCUCUAGAGGCUGGCGAUCGCACAUCUGCAGCAGCAGCAGCAAGUCUCUUGCCCGAAGCUGUGGCUACACUAGAUCCUGGAUCUGCAGAGCGUAAUGCCUUGGGAAAACGACUGAAAGCUGCGGGAAGGCGAUUCACAGGCACGGGAUCAUAUGGUGACGGUGAACUGCUCAAGAUUGGGCGGGCGCUAAUUUCAGCUGGUGAAAUUGUCGCUCAAGGGUGCAAGGAAGCAGGUCCUCGGACGCCGUCCAUUGCAUCGAGGACGCUGAAGUUCGGUUCCCUGGAGGUUGCGAUAACUCGUGAGCGGGCCUUCACCGGUGCUGCUGUAUCUGUGGGAUUUGGUCUGAUAUCACUCUGGCUGACAAGAGGACUUCAGGGAACCAAUCAAGACCUCGACUACGCCAAUCAAAAUGCUGUCUCAGUUGCCUUGUCACUGAGAGGAACACUACUGGCGAUGGGCUACUACUCCAGCGCACUUGCCGCCCUUGUUGCUGUGGGACUAGUUGCACUUGGCAUCCAAGUCAAUGGAGGGGACUCUGACAAUGACUCUUCCAAGACUUAAGCCAGCAAGUGAAUGACAACAUCAUUACUCCCAAUCCAAGCGAGAUGGUACUCCCUUCUUUCAACUUCUGACCCUCUGCUAGCUCUCUCUCUCUCUCUCUCUCUCUCUCUCUCUCUCUCUCUCUCUCUCUCUCUCUCUCUCUCUCUCUCUCUCUCUCUCUCUCUCUCUCUCNCUCUCUCUCUCUCUCUCUCUCUCUCUCUCUCUCUCUCUCUCUCUCUCUCUCUCUCUCUCUCUCUCUCUCUCUCUCUCUCUCUCUCUCUUGCCGUGUGCCUGAACAUGUGAAGGCUACUUGCAUGCCUAUAGAUGUGAACAUUAUUAGUCUAUUUAUACUUCAGAACUUAGAAGAACUGAAGUGACAGCAGUCACCUAUAGGCUCACACGAUCGGAAAAAGCAUCAGACUUUACGGAAUUCCACGAGUCCUUCAUUAUUUUAUUGUAAAGUUGUAACUUGUAAAUCAUGGUCUCUGCUCCCACAGACUAUCUGCAAUCUCUCAGAGCUCCAGUUUGUGACAGAGAGAAACUUUGCCACCAGAAGUGUCCUGUCAUUACCGUCUUCACCCGAAUAGAACCGCCCAGUAAUUAUGGCCGUACCUGGACUCGUAGUUGCACCAAAUACAGCCAUAAUGACCGGGAGUUCUAUUCGGAUGAAGAAGGUAGUCUGGAACGAGUUAUGUAGCUUGUGAAUUGCCAUAUUCGAGUGAUGAUCGCAGCUUCCCGUUGAUUUCCUUCUGUGUCAUGAUGUUAGGGAGUAAGUACAUGCUCUUCUUUUGCUUUUUUUUUUUUUUUUUGAGUCAUGAUGGGCCAUCCUUUCAGCGGACGUUGGUAAACUGUGAACCUCUGCCAUUGGCCAACAACCAGUUGUAGGUAAGGAUGACAUGGUGAUGACGUUGCAGUGACAUUGUCAUGUUCUCUUCUGGAGAACUGAAGUUCGCUGGUGAGGUGACGAUGUCCAUCAUCAUCCACUUGUAAAUGUGCCAACGAGUGACAAGUCAGGGUUUGGGGGGUCAAGUCCUUCAGGACAUCUGUUAAAAUUGGAACGAUACAGAGAAGAUUAGCAUUGGCCCUGCGCGGUCUACACACAGAUGCAGCUUGAGCUCAACCACAAUCAAUGUGGCAAGCGUUG